UGCGGAGUGGACACGAAAGCUUUAAAAUCAGCUGUUUUGUUCAGUGAUUCCGCAGUAAACAAAGAAAGACACAAACGAGUUAUGGAUGCUGAUGAAAGUGUUGAGGAAAAUAAAAAUAAUGUCGACGAAGAUGAGGAACAAUCUUCAGUGGAAUCAAUUGUUGUUAAUGCAGUUGACAAUUGGUUUUAUAUGCCAGAUUCCAUUUUGCUCAGCAUCUUCCGGUAUCUAAAUCCAAAGGAAUUAUUAACUGCUGGCGAAGUAUGCAAAUCUUGGAAUCGUGUCUCUAAAGAUGAAUUUCUCUGGAAAGAUCUUUUAUAUCAUACUUUUAAAAUUGAUCCAAGCAUUGGAAUUGUUCCAGGAAAAAGUUCCUGGUUAGGUGAAUUUAAGCGAUUGGCUUAUCAUACACCACUUUUGGAAACAGAAGUUUUAAAGGAACAUGCUCAUCAAGUUUUACAUGUCAGCUUCUCUCACAAUGGAAAAUUAUUUGCUACAUGUUCAAAAGAUGGAUACAUUGUUGUUUGGGAUAGUCAAUAUCCAGUGACUAUUAAAUAUCAACACGAUAUGAAAACAUUUAGAUGGAGAUAUACCCAAUUUUCGCAAUUUAAUUCAACAGAUACUUUGCUCCUUGUAUCUGGAGUUCAUUUUGGAACUCCGCACACAACUUCCGGUGAAAUAGCCGUAUUUCGUAUUGCACCUGGCUUCGAUUUACAGUGUAGAAUUGUGAACAAACCGUACGACAUAUUUGGCACUUGGUACAGUGAACGUUAUCUUUUAAGUGGAGAUGUAUAUUGGCUUGCUCACCUAGUCAGUACAAGUGUACUGUGGCUCAAUAAGGCUAAUCAAGAAUCAGCCAGCGAGCAUGUACCCAUAAUGAGUCAGCUUUACAAGUUUUAUAAUGGAAACGCGGCUUCAAUACGAGCAAUAAUGGUCGCUGAUUGUUUAUCGCCUGCUCCCAAUGAAGCCGAGGAUUCACAGGAUCAACCUUCAACAUCGUUUAUGCAUGAGGAACGAGGAAAUCCACCGAGUCAUCGGGAUCUAUCGUCAACGUCAGUAAAUUGUUCACCACCUCCGGAACAACCGGAAGUCCUACACCACGCAUCUUCAAGAUUACAAUACAGCACACUUGAAGGUGGUUUUAUGAAUUGGCGAAAACUUGGCGACGGUUUUGAAUAUGCAAAACCAAUUCGAUAUAAUAAAGAAUAUCGUCAGGUGGAAAUGGAAAGAGAAAUAGCGGAUAGUGACAGUGAAAAUGAAGACAAUGACGACGAUAAUGAAGAGGAUGAAGAUGAAGAAGAAAACGAAAAUUCUCAAUUAGAAGAAGAAAGUGAAUCUGAUGAAUCGUCAGCGGCAGAGGAUUGUGAUUUUGACGAAUUAAAUGACAAUCCAGAGAAGUUUCUUAUUUUUGCAACGGGCUCAAAAACAUAUACACCACAUCAAGUUGGUUUCAAGAGAAUUAAACCAGUUAAUUUUCCGCGGCGACUCGAUCCUGGACCAUCAUUGCGUGAAAGAUUGGCUCAACGUGAAAGAGAACGCGAAGUAUCGCCAAGACCGGAGCCAAAUUGGCAGGAUUAUGAUUCAGUUGCCGAUAAAUUCGAUAAAGUCGAUCAUCUCAUUGAUCUUCAUGGCCAUAUUAUUGGAAUGGGACUUUCUCCAGAUCACAGAUAUCUUUACGUAAAUACGAGACCGUGGCCUAGAGGAUAUGUCAUUACUAAUCCAUUACUACCACCGCCAAUAGCUCAAGAAAUUGAUAUUCACGUUAUUGAUUUGGUUACGUUAAAACAAGUGGGAACAAUGUUGAGAGCACAUAAAGCUUAUACACCAAAUAAUGAAUGUUUCUUCAUUUUUCUGGACGUGUGCAAUGAAUAUGUCGCAAGUGGUGCUGAAGAUAAACAUGGAUAUCUUUGGGAUCGACACUAUGGCGUUUGUUUGGCAAAAUUUCCGCAUUCGGACGUGGUGAAUUCAGUGGCGUUUAAUCCCCGUGAUCCAGAAAUGUUGGUAACAACGAGCGACGAUUAUACAGUGAAAGUUUGGCGAAGUCGAUCAAUGGUAAAAGCUCUUGGACUCAAUGAAGAGGAUCUUAAUCGAGGCCUUGAAGUGCGCAAGAGAAGAAGGUAUCAUAAAAGUAAUUGUAACAUUGACUGACUGAAAACAAUCCAGUUUCCAAUUUAAAAACCUUUGUCUUGCAAAUUGUGCGAACAUUCUUUUUUAAAAGGCAAAAAUGUUAAUAAGUUUCAUGGACCUUAGCUGAAAAAAAAUUUAACUUUAAAAUGAAUGUAACUUAAUUAAAUUAAAAAGUUGAAAAGAACAUUUUCACUGAAAUGACAAAAUUAAAUUGAGUUGAAUUUUUAAGUUACAAUUGAAAUAAGAGUCAAACUCAAGUUCAAAUUUCAAAUUUCAAAUUUUUGAAAAAUUUAAAGCAUUGUUAUUUUUGUUUUAACAAAAAGCUACGGUCUAUGUUUUGAAGAAAAGGUUUUUAAAUUUGAAAUUGGAUUUCUAUUUUUGAAAAAUGCAAAAAAAGGGAGAAAGAGAAAUAACUAAACUAAAGUAGUUACAAAAUCAGUGCAAUUGCGAAAAAAAUUGUUUGAAAAAUAAUUACGUGAGGCAAAAACUUUUCCAAUUUUUUUGAAAAAUCUUUCAACAUCCAAAUUGAUGAAAUUAAUUUAACUCUAUUUUUAUUUUCAAUGAAUAAGAAUGAAGUUUUUACAUAGUUUAGAAUUUACAUUAUAUUAUGUAAAUAUAUUUUUAUAUUAGGUAAUUAUUGGUAAAAUAUUGAUUUUUUUGAAAAUUUUGAUUAAAACAAAAAUAUGUAUAUGAUAAAAAAAAAUUUCAAAUAUGAAAUUUUUUUUAAUUUUAAGCAAAAUUCUCGACAUUUUUUUUUAAAUAUUAUAUAAAUAAAAAUUGCUCUCUCUCCCUUCAGUUUAUUAUUUGACGAAAUAAUUUUGUUUUUCUAAAUUAUCUCUAGAUGUUUUAUUAAUUUUUUAAAAUUAAUUCUCAAAGAGAAAUUUUUUAAUAUUUUUAAAAGUAUUUAUAAAAAUUUAUAAAUAGAAAAUAAAAGAUUUAAUCAAUUUUUUUUUUAUAGAUAGGUAUUUAAUUUUUAAGAAACUAUAUUACAACAAAUUAGUAUUGAUGAAUAAAAUAAAAUUAUAGUUUAUGAAAAUAACGUCGAUAUUUAAUUUUAAAAAAUACUUCAAUUAUUGAUUAUACACAGAUAUAGCAAGAUUUUAUAUUUCCAAUUUUUGGAAAAAAAAUAUUUCAAAAACAAAAAAUUUAAAUAUAAUUUUCUUGAAAUACUAAUUUUAUUAAAAUUAAAUUUACAUCACGAUUUAUAUUUCAUAUUACCAGUUUCAUAUGUACGUUUUUGAUAAUAUUGUAAAUUUGAUUGUUUUUUUUUUAAUUUGGCAUAGAUAUUAGAUGAUUUAAAUUUUAUUUUUUAGAAACAUAAAAAUUAUCAUUAUAAGAGUUUUUCUAAGAAAUUUGCAAAUUUUCAAUGUUCCACUUCAACGUUCUAAAUUUUUAGAUUAGAUUGUUAACAUUUUUUUAGUAACUAUAAUUAUGUGAUAUGCUUGAGUUUAAAAAUGAAAAUUUUAUUUCACAUGAUACGUAAAUAUCGGAAAAUAAUUUUGUUCAUUAUUUAAAUUUAUGUCUUUAGAGAUUUUUUUAUAGAUAAUUAAAAUUUUCUUUGUCGUAAUAUUUAGGAAGUUUUUCAUCGCUUCUUUAGGAAGAUUUAUAAAAAAAAAUCCCUAUUAAAUUUUCUACAUAUUUCGUUAAAAAAUAAUUUAAAAAAAAAUUUUUUUCUUUUUAAAAUAAAUAAUUGUGUAGUAUAAAACGUCCACUAAACUAGAUUUUGUAUAGUGUUUUGAAAGUAUUGUAAGUCAAAACUGCCAAUUUGAAUGUGGUAAAAAAAAAAAUUGGCAUUUCUUUGAAUUUGUAUAAAAAUGACAAAUUUCAUUUUUACUUGAAGAAAAUAAUAUCUAAUUAUAAAUAAUAAAAAUUAUAUUAGCAUUACAACUAUUAAAGAAAACAGUAAUUUAUUCGAGGCCUUAAAAAAAUCUGUUAACAAUAAUUUUUGAAAAAAAAAUUCCUAAUUUACUGAAAUUUCAAACUUAGCUUCUUAAACCAUAAAAUGUUAUUGAAAAAUUAUAUUUCACUAAAAAAAAGAGUCAUAAUAUUUGUAAAAUAUGAAAAGUAUGAGUAUGUGUGCAAGUAUAGUAUUUGUAUAUAUAUAUCUAUUUUUUAUUUUAUUGCAUGUGUAUAACUUUAAUAUCUAAAUUACGACUUAAACAAGAUUAACAAUUACAUAGGUAUUUUAUUAGAUCUGAAUGCUAUUUUCUGAAUUACUAUUUUUUGAAAUUAUCAAAAUGUAUAACUUGUAUAAAAAUAUAUGUCUCAAGCACAAAGCAAAGCAUUUUCAUAAUUAUAAUAUUUAUUACCAAACUUAUGUUUUUUAUCCUUUUAAAAAGGAUUCUUACUACUUUUUUUCUACAUUAAAUAUUAGAUUUAUUUUCGCUUAUUUGUUUUGCAAAGCAUUUUCUAAAAAUGAGCAGAAUUUUUUCAAUUUACAAUUUUAUAUAUAAUAAAACAGAAUUUUUAAAUAAUUCAAUUAACUAUUUAACAUCAAGUUUUACAUAAAUUUAUUCAGAAAGGAACUGUUUUUAAAUUUAUAUAUAGUUUAUAAUAAUAUUAUGUUGAAAAAAUUUGAUUACAAUUAAUUAAUAACAUUAUUUUUGUGAAACAUUUCAUGACGAGCCUUUUUGUAAAUUGAAUACCAUUUUUUUCUAUCUUUUUUUAAUUAUAUAAUUUAUUGUAAAACGUUAAAUGCUUCUAUAGAACUUGUUUAUUUUUUUCUUUAAGAAAAAAUGUACUUUUAAAGUUUAUUUCGACAUUUUUAAUAUUACAAUAUUCUCUUGUCUCAAAAUUUAAUUUUGAGAUUUUCGCAAAGAAGGAAUAUUUUUAAAUACUGAAAAAUUGUAAUUGAGAAAAAAAAAUUAAGAAAAAAAAGGAAUGUUUUGAAUUAAAAAAAAAAAAAUUUAUUGAAUAAAAAUUUUUUAUAAAUUUUACUUUAAAGAUCAUUUUUUAUGUUUUGUUCUGAACGACGUGACAAAAUUAUUUUUAUUAUUAUAAUUGAAAUAAGAUUGAUAGAAGUAAAAUAAAAAAAAUCAAGAAUAAGUUACCAAUUUUUUUUGUAAAUUCUUUUUUAAAAAGAUUUUUUUUCUCCCUAAAAUUGGAAUAAAUAUAGAUGUAUUAAACGAAAUCACAGUCGUUUGCAUCUGUCGUCGUUCUCAUGUCUGUACAUUAAAGAGAAGAUGUGUGGACAGGUCACGUAGGAAUACAAAUAUUAAUUAUGACGAACCAGUUGCUAUCGGUU